UUCUUUAAAGUAGAAGGCCAGAAGCAAGCGAGCGUGGACUUUUCCGAGGCUUCUCCCGUGCAGACUGAAUUACAAAGGGAGGGCGCAGGCAGGGGAGUCCUAGGGAAGUGGGUGCCGGUUUAAGCAGCUCUGCGCAGCCAGUUAAUCUUUUCCUGGGGGGCAGAGAGCGCGGCUGCGUGUGCCCCGGCCAUCUGCCUCGGGUGUGUGGGGGAGGGCCGGGCUGGAGCAGGACCCCUCCCGCAGCUCCCGGGAUCUGUCUGCCCGCGGGCGCACACGCGGGGCCGCCUGGAGCAGGCAGGGCUGACCUUGUGGGUGUGGGCCUGGCUCCUAGCUGACUCUCACAUCUUUCUCUCUCCCCCUGGAUUUAAAUGGCUUUUCAGCCCGGGAGGCACUGCCUGUGCCCUGGAUUCGGAAGGUACCCGCCUCCCCGGGAAGCGAAGGCGAGAGACAGCGGCUGGCUGGCGCUCGCUCCCUCUCUCUCUCUCUCUGCAUCUGCCGGCAGAGUUACAGCUGGUAUUUUUCCACAGGCCUUUUCUGCGCUCCCAGGGCCUACUUUUCCCAGCCAGGCCCGGAGUCCGAGAGAGGGUUAACAGGCAGGAAGCUGAAGGCAUUGCAGGCUCAUACGGAAGUCAGAUUUUUGUUUAACUGACAGGUUCAGCAGGCCUCGGCCGUGGGGGAGGGGGCGCAGGGAAGGGAAGUCCGUAGGUGGAGGCAUGUGGCCUGCUAGGAGCGCGUGGGGCUUUUCUUAGGGAUAGCUCUUGCUCACCCUAGCCUCACAAAGAUAAUCGCUCAGGAAGUGUUUCAGCCAAUCCGGGGCGGCCUUACACUCCGAUUUGCCGGGGCAGCCAAUCGGGGAUGAGCUUUUAUGAGGCGGCCAGAUCAUCAGCCGAAGUGCCAAACCCUUUUUCUGUGAGAACUAGGAGCCUGUCCUCCAUGUUUUAUAAGUAUUGACAUUACACAGUGUUAACAAUGCAUCCACAGAGUCCCAAAUCUGCCAGCCUGUUCUCUCUUCUUCCUAACUGUGGAAAAAUGAGACGGUUGCUUGAACAUUUGUUGGUUGUUCACCUAAAUUGACCAAGAUCACUGGAUCAUUGAGACAGCUUGGCUGAAGAGGAAAUAAAAACAGAACAGGAGGUGGUAGAGGGCAUGGACAUCUCUACUCGCUCCAAAGAUCCUGCCUCUGCGGAAAGAACAGCCCAGAAAAGAAAGUUCCCCAGCCCUCCGCACUCCUCCAAUGGCCACUCGCCACAGGAUACAUCCACAAGCCCCAUUAAAAAGAAAAAGAAACCCGGCUUACUGAAUAAUAACAAUAAGGAGCAGUCAGAGCUAAGACAUGGUCCGUUUUACUAUAUGAAGCAGCCACUCACCACAGACCCUGUUGAUGUUGUACCGCAGGACGGACGGAAUGAUUUCUACUGCUGGGUUUGUCACCGGGAAGGCCAAGUCCUUUGCUGUGAGCUCUGUCCCCGGGUUUAUCACGCUAAGUGUCUGAGACUGACAUCGGAACCAGAGGGGGACUGGUUUUGUCCUGAAUGUGAGAAAAUUACAGUAGCAGAAUGCAUCGAGACCCAGAGCAAAGCCAUGACAAUGCUUACCAUUGAACAGUUAUCCUACCUGCUCAAGUUUGCCAUUCAGAAAAUGAAACAGCCAGGGACAGACGCGUUUCAGAAGCCCGUGCCCUUGGAGCAGCACCCUGACUAUGCGGAAUACAUUUUCCAUCCCAUGGACCUUUGCACCUUGGAAAAGAAUGCUAAGAAGAAAAUGUACGGCUGCACGGAAGCCUUCCUGGCGGAUGCCAAGUGGAUCUUACACAAUUGCAUCAUUUAUAAUGGGGGAAAUCAUAAAUUGACGCAGAUAGCAAAAGUAGUCAUCAAAAUCUGUGAGCACGAGAUGAAUGAAAUUGAAGUCUGUCCAGAAUGUUACCUGGCUGCCUGCCAGAAGCGAGAUAACUGGUUUUGUGAGCCUUGUAGCAACCCUCACCCUCUGGUCUGGGCAAAGCUGAAGGGCUUUCCGUUCUGGCCUGCCAAAGCUCUGAGGGAUAAAGACGGGCAGGUUGACGCCCGAUUCUUUGGACAACAUGACAGGGCCUGGGUCCCCAUCAAUAACUGCUACCUCAUGUCCAAAGAGAUCCCCUUCUCUGUGAAGAAGACGAAGAGCAUCUUCAACAGCGCCAUGCAGGAGAUGGAGGUGUACGUGGACAACAUCCGCAGGAAGUUCGGCGUCUUCAACUACUCCCCGUUCCGGACGCCCUACACGCCCAACAGCCAGUACCAGAUGCUGCUGGACCCCAGCAACCCCAGCGCCGGCACCGCCAAGGUGGACAAGCAGGAGAAGGUGAAGCUCAACUUCGACAUGACGGCCUCCCCCAAGAUCCUGCUCAGCAAGCCGGUGCUGGGCGGCGGCUCGGGCCGCAGGAUCUCCCUGUCCGACAUGCCCCGCUCCCCGCUGAGCACCACGUCCUCGGUGCACACGGGCUCCGACGUGGAGCAGGACCCCGAGAAGAAGGCCACGUCCAGCCACUUCAGCGCCAGCGAGGAGUCCAUGGACUUCCUGGAGAAGAGCACAGCCUCCCCCGCCUCCACCAAGACGGGACAAGCAGGGAGCUUAUCCGGCAGCCCGAGACCUUUCUCCCCUCAAGCGUCAACUCCGAUCACGACGAAGACGGACAAAACACCCACCACUGGGAGCAUCCUGAAUCUUAACCUGGACCGCAGCAAAGCCGAGAUGGACCUGAAGGAGCUGAGCGAGGCGGUGCAGCAGCAGUCUGCCCCGGCGCCCCUGACCUCGCCCAAGCGGCAGAUUCGCAGCCGGUUCCAGCUCAACCUGGACAAGACCAUCGAGAGCUGCAAGGCACAGCUAGGCAUCAAUGAGAUCUCGGAAGACGUGUACACGGCCGUGGAGCACAGCGACUCCGAGGACUCCGAGAAGUCGGAGAGCAGCGACAGCGAAUACAUCAGCGAUGACGAGAAGCCCAAGGCCGAGCCGGAGCCCGCGGACGACAAGGACGCCGGUCGGGCCGACAAGGAGCCGUCCGCUGCCAAAAAAAAGCCCAAGCCUGCCAACCCGGCCGAGGUGAAAGAGGAGCUGAAGGGCUCGCCCCCGGCCGCGGAGAAGGCAGAGCCUGCGGCGACGGCCAAGGACAAGGCCAGCCCCGAGCCCGAGAAGGACUUCGCAGAGAAAGCGAAGCCCUCCCCUCACCCCACCAGGGACAAGCUGAAGGGCAAGGACGAGACGGACUCCCCGACCGUGCACCUGGGGCUCGACUCCGACUCGGAGAGCGAGCUGGUCAUCGACCUGGGCGAUGACCACGCGGGGCGGGAGGGCCGCAAGACCAAGAAGGAGCCCAAAGAGCCGUCUCCCAAGCAGGACGUUGUAGGGAAAGUGCCACCGUCUGCCGCGGCGGGCAGCCAGUCUCCCCCGGAAACGCCGGUGCUCACCCGCUCCUCCUCCCAAACUCCCGCGGCUGGUGUCACAGCCGCCACCAGCGCGACGUCCACGGUCACGGUCACGGCCCCGGCCACCGCCGCUGCAGGAAGCCCGGUGAAAAAGCAGAGGCCGCUUUUGCCGAAGGAGACUGCCCCGGCCGUGCAGCGGGUCGUGUGGAACUCAUCAAGUAAGUUUCAAACGUCCUCCCAAAAGUGGCACAUGCAGAAGAUACAGCGCCAGCAGCAGCAGCAGCAGCAGCAGCAGCAGCCUCAAUCUGCCCAGGGGACGCGCUAUCAGACCAGACAGGCUGUGAAAGCUGUGCAGCAGAAGGAGGUCACGCAGAGCCCGUCCACGUCCACCAUCACCCUGGUGACCAGCACACAGUCGUCGCCUCUGGUCACCAGCUCAGGGGCCUCGAGCACUCUCACAUCCUCGGUCAGCGCUGACCUGCCCAUCGCCACCGCCUCGGCCGAUGUCGCCGCGGACAUUGCCAAGUACACCAGCAAAAUGAUGGACGCCAUCAAAGGGACGAUGACCGAGAUCUACAACGAUCUUUCCAAAAACACUACGGGAAGCACCAUCGCCGAGAUCCGCAGGCUGAGGAUCGAGAUCGAGAAGCUGCAGUGGCUGCACCAGCAGGAGCUCUCGGAGAUGAAGCACAACCUGGAGCUGACCAUGGCCGAGAUGCGGCAGAGCCUGGAGCAGGAGCGGGACCGGCUCAUCGCCGAGGUGAAGAAGCAGCUGGAGCUGGAGAAGCAGCAGGCGGUGGACGAGACCAAGAAGAAGCAGUGGUGCGCCCACUGCCGGAAGGAGGCCAUCUUCUACUGCUGCUGGAACACCAGCUACUGCGACUACCCGUGCCAGCAGGCGCACUGGCCCGAGCACAUGAAGUCCUGCACGCAGUCAGCUACUGCCCCGCAGCAGGAAGCUGACGCCGAGGUGAACACGGAAACCGUCAGCAAGUCAACCCAGGGGAGCUCCGCCAGCACCCAGGCGGCCGCCCCGGAGACGCCCAGCACCCCCAAAGAGAAGGAGGCGUCCGCCGAGAAGAGCAAAGACAGCAGCUCGACCCUCGACCUUUCUGGCUCCAGAGACACACCCUCCUCCAUUCUCCUAGGCACCAACCAAGGCACAGACCAUUCCCGGAGCAGCAAGUCCAGCUGCUGGAACAGCGGCGAGGAGAAGCGGGCGUCGGCGCGGGCCGAGCACAGCGCCGGCUCCAGCUCCAAGAGCCUCCUCCCGAAAGAGUCUCGGCUGGACGCCUUCUGGGACUAGGGCCCCCGGGCCCCAGGGACACAGGAAGCAGCCAUGGCGGGAGAGCGGCCGUCUUCAGACUUGCGAAUUCCACAGGUGCGGGCUGAGCGCCUGGCGCCCCGGGCCGCCUACACUACAUUGAGGGCCGGCGUGCGCCGCCCGGGGCCCGGGCUUUAGCUGUACAUAAGGGACGAUCCGCGAUGGCACCGAGGCUGGAGCACCCGCCCCUUUUUAUAUUUGUAUUGACUUUAACUUAUAAAGAAGAAAAAUCAUGAAAGGUGACCCCCCUCCCCCCAGCCACAAGAGGAAUGUUUGAUGUUGGAGGAGGGGUGGCCAGCCGGGCCACCUGUCGGUCACACGGUGCUGGCGCUGUCACCCAGGGGAAAGGGAGCCGUUUGCAGCCUGCACGCAGGAGGUGGGGCCCAGACUGCGCCGUCGUGGACGCGUCACGCCAAGCCCGGCCAGCGGGACGCACGGAGCAGCUUGCCUGUUUGUGUGGGACUGGAAGGGCGACCCUGAGAAGGGAAGCCAUGGCGUCCGUGUUUACAGAAGCACCACCGGGCCACCCCGCCCAGCCCGGUGCAGGGGGCGGGCUCGUCUCUCUGCUUUGUGGUUCCUCUCCACUCCCACACCCACACACACACCCACACACACCUGUUCCCCCCACUCCCCUGGUCAGGCGCAGGAGCUCCCCGGCGGCUGGGAGCGGGCAUGUCUGUCUUAUUUAUAUGAAGCAUGAAGCCGAGGCGGAUGGGAGAGCGAGGCCCCGUCAUGCUGUCUGUUACACUACGUAUGCGUUCGUCCCACUUUGUAUGUCAAAGCAAAAGGUGAUGUAUGUAUAUGAGAAAAUUAACUGUACGAUAUCAUUCCAGUACAUUUGGUUGUACAUUUUAGUCUCGUUUCCUUUCUCUUCCUUGUUGAUAAGAGGAUGUGAAUUGUACAGUCCCCGGCUAGCUCCCCUCACUAGAGAACAUUGAGAAGAGUGUUAGAGGAAAACAGGAGACAAAGAAGACUUGUGAAUUGCAGUUGUCAAAAAAAGAAAACACACACACACGAAGCCUAGCUGGCCUUACUUGUGAAGCUUAAUUGCUUUUAGCAUAUGGAAGUAUUUUUUCACAUUUUCUUUGUAUAAAAUUUGUAUUAAACUUAAAUAUCUUUUUUGA